CGAAAGAUAAAUGUAAUAAAAUUCUAGAUAACCGAACCUGCAAAAAAGCAAAUUUUACGCAAUGCCCGUUGUAGACUCUGUUUAGUAGUUUGCUGGCAGAAAUGAAACAAGAUCUGAGGACAGAGUAUGAUGACAGUAGACUGAUAGUAGAAAUCGAGCAGAAUCUGCCGUUCCCAUGAAUUUAAAUGGAACAUACUGCGAAUCAUGCUCGCUUUCCGCUGUUAAUUUGCAGUCAGAUUCUGUCGAUAGGCUCUGUCGACAAAACAACAGCAGAUCACGGGUGACUGUUGAUCUGUCGCCAAUCUAUCGUAGGAUUGCUAAUAGAUUGCUUACUGGGAUAUUAGUUUGGAAAUAUGUAUGUUUAAUCACGACAUUCUAUUUGGUAACGGAUAAUCUUAAUUCGUUGUGUAUCUCUCGAUACACUUCAGUUUGUCAACAAUUCCUAGGACAUUGUAGGAAAUAGAUAAAUACCGUCUUAGUGACAUUCAAACAGUCGUUCGUUAAGUAUAAGCCAGAAUUGUGUAGAGAGAAUUUGAUACCGAGUACCGCACAAUUGAUUCUUCAAAUAACGUAUAUGCAAUCAUUCGUUACAUUCAACAUGUCCACAUCUCAGAUGCAGUUCUUGCCAUCCGGGAGGGAAAAUUCGACACGUGAUUAUAACAACAAUUUCUUCAAUCCAAAUAUUUGUCACGUUUGUAAGCGGAAAGAUAGUUCCAUAAGAUGUAAUCGGUGCCACAUGAUCUAUUAUUGCAACGAGGGGCACAAAUUUAUACAUAUGAAUCAGCAUGAGCAAUUUUGCAAGGCUAUAAGAAAUUACUUACAAGUAGAUGAGCGAUGGAACAUUCGUUGUUUAAGCCGGGAAGGAUGGAACCAGUCGAGGAAAGACAUGCUACGUUUAAUCCAAUCAAACUUAAAACGUGACCUAGCAUCGUACGAAGUGCAGAUGAUCACAUUCGCAAAAUCGUGUUUUAUUUGUCAUCGACAAGAGAAUUUGCACAAAUGUGUAAUUUGCUAUUCUUGCAACUAUUGUGAUGAACAUAGAGAAAUCUUUAUCAAAUAUCAUACUAAAUCCAUUUGCAUGGAUAUGCAGUUAUGUCUCAGAUCGGAUAUUUCAAUUUUUAAUUUCCAAUUUUCUUUGAAAUUCAUGCAGUUUCCCAAGUGCGAUCGACCUGUUGUUGACAUGAAAUCAUUUAUUUCUCAUUAUAUAUAUCUAAUAAAUGAAGCUUGUAAACGCCUAUAUUCUGAUUACUCAUCAGGACCUCUGACACUAUAUUAUGGAAUGAAGGAUAGCGAUUUAUUAAGUAAAUUUGAAUGUAAUAGACCAGAAGGUAAUUUUGUUGUUCAUAUAAUAGCGACAAACUACGUUGACAAAGAAUAUAUAGGAGCUUGGGAGCUUCUUCUACAUCUUGUAGGUAUGAUAAAAAAUCUAAAAAUUGUACUGAUAGGGCCAAAGUUAAUUUACGAACGUAAUGUUAUCGAUACUUGUGUUAAAUGCAAAAGAUGCAAACAGAAGUUUACAUACGAAUCUUAUGGCAUAUCGUAUCAUCAUUAUGUGAACAGUCUGUCAUAUGAGUCGCCAAAUUUGAUUGCAGCAUUUCAUGUAGAUUUUAGUGAUAGUGAUAAAGAAACAUGCACAAAAUUGUUCUUACAAAUACGGAAACAAAAAUGUCCGUUUAUACUAACUUCAAAGUCAGAAUUUAAAUCCGAACAAAACAUAAACAUGGUGGCUGAAGUUUUAGAUUCACCUUUAAAUCUUGUUUAUCACGGUAAAAAUAGAUUUAGAUCCAAUAGGCCACAAAGAGAUUCAGAACAUGAGGAAGAUGGCAUGUUUUACCGUAAUAAUUAUUUAGCCAUCUUCAUCAAUGAUUCAUUAUACUCAAAUUUCAAUAUGUCCAAUAUAUCUCAGGAAAAGGUUUGUUUCCUAUACAGAAAAGAAAAUGAAUUGUAUGAUUAUAAUAAGUUCUUCAAUCCGAAUAUUUGUCACCUUUGCAAGCGAAUAGGUAAUGACAAUCUCAUAACAUGUAAUCAGUGCCGCAUGAUCUCUUAUUGCAACAAGGGGCACACAUUGAUACAAAUAGAUGAGCAUGAGCAAUUUUGCAAGGCUAUAACAAAUUAUUUACGAGUAGAUGAGCGAUGGAACAUUCGUUGUUUAAGCCGGGAAGGAUGGAACCAGUCGAGGAAAGACAUGCUACGUUUAAUCCAAUCAAACUUAAAACGUGACCUAGUACCGUACGAAGUGCAGAUGAUCACACUCGCAAAAUCGUGUUUUAUUUGUCACCGACAAGCGAAUCUGCACACAUGUACAAUUUGCUAUUCCUGUAACUAUUGUAAUGAACAUUUAGAAAUCUUUACCAAAUAUCAUACUGAAUCCAUUUGCAUGGAUAUGCAGUUAUGUCUCAAAAUAGAUACUUUAUUUCAGAAAGAUUAUCAAUUUUUAUUGAAAUUCUUUAUGUUUCCCAACAGCAAUCGACCUAUUGUUGAUAUGAAAUCAUUUAUUUCCCAUUAUGUAAGUCGAGCCGAUAGCACAAAUGAUGAAGACUGCCUAUAUUCUGAUUACUCAUCAGGACCUCUGACACUAUAUUAUGGAAUGAAGGAUAGCGAUUUAUUAAGUAAAUUUGAAUGUAAUAGACCAGAAGGUAAUUUUGUUGUUCAUAUAAUAGCGACAAACUACGUUGACAAAGAAUAUAUAGGAGCUUGGGAGCUUCUUCUACAUCUUGCAAGCAUGAUAGAAAAUCUAAAAAUUGUACUGAUAGGGCCAAAGUUAAUUUACGAACGUAAUGUUAUUAAUACUUGUUUUAAAUGCAAGAGAUGCAGACAGAAGUUUACAUACGAAUUUUAUGGUGCAUCGUAUCAUCAUUAUGUGAACAGUCUGUCAUAUGAGUCGCCAAAUUUGAUUGCAGCAUUUCAUGUAGAUUUUAGUGAUAGUGAUAAAGAAACAUGUUCAAAAUUGUUCUUACAAAUACGGAAACAAAAAUGUCCGUUUAUACUAACUUCAAAGUCAGAAUUUAAAUCCGAACAAAACAUAAACAUGGUGGCUGAAGUUUUAGAUUCACCUUUAAAUCUUGUUUAUCACGGUAAAAAUAGAUUUAGAUCCAAUAGGCCACAAAGAGAUUCAGAACAUGAGGAAGAUGGCAUGUUUUACCGUAAUAAUUAUUUAGCCUUACUUCUGUUCGAAUAAUUAACAAACAUAUUAAUUACAAAUGCAUACGUUCUUAAAGUAAAAGAUAUAUUUCGUUUGCGUUAACAAAAUUUUUAAUAUAUAAUAUAUUGUUGUCUACUAAAUUAUUUUAAGUUUCUUUAUACUUUUAUGUUGAUUGUAUUAACGAUUAUAUAACACGA